UAAACGUAGGGGAGGAGAAUGGAGAUAGCGGCUUGAGUGUGUUGUUCUAGGCCAAAUUUUCCAAACUCAUGAUGUCCUAUAUUUGUUUGCAGUUCACUUGGGUACACAUCUACCAUGUCCUUGCUCAUCAAUAGUGCCAAUUGCCAAAUAGUAGGUUUUGCAGUAGCCACUAUUGGAUGGAUCCUCGGCACCACUGCCAUGGGCUUCGUGGAGUGGCGAGUAUGGUAUCUAGAUAACGCCUCACAAUUCUCUGGUCUGGCCUGCCUGGGAAUGUGGAGAGUCUGUGUCUUCCAUCAAACCAACAUCACCACAGCUACCUCAUGUCACAGUUACAGCUACCAUGAUACUUACCUACCUCUUGAUAUCCGUGUUUCUCAACACCUCUUACUGAUGGCCAGCAUUCUAGGACUCUUGGGGAAAGCCUCUGUUACUUUUGCACUUAAAAAUGUGUCCACGGGAAUUCUUGAGACUACUACUACCUACAAAGCAUUUGUCAUUUCAGGAAUUCUCCACAUAGCUGCUGGUAUCUGUAUCUCAGUUGCUGUCAUCUGGAAUUACCACUCUGUGAUGACUGAAGAGGGUAUUGUCUUCCCACCAUCUUUCAAUAUACCCUUCAAGCCAUAUGCUCAGAAAUUUGGCAACACUGUUAUAGUGGCAUGUCUAGCUGCCUUUGCGCUGUUCUUAAGUGGGUGGUUUUUUCUCUCUUACAAAUUACCCCUGGAUAACCAGGUGCAUCCUGAAGUAUCAGGAAUGUAGAUUCCUGUUUGCAUUGACCUUACAAAAACAAACAUUACUAAAAGUUUGUCGGAAAUCUUACCAUGAUGCUUAAUCAAAU